AUGGCCAGGUUCAAGAAGGGUGCAGAUAACAGGAACCUGGAGAACAUCAUGGACACAGACAAAGCUGCAAAGAUUAUUGGAAAGAAUAAUAAUAAUAAUAAUGUUGGGGCAAAGCAGCGAUCGCGAAAGCUGAUCCCGGGGCAAGGCCUGGAGUUCAACAACCUGUCUUACAGUGUGAUGAAGAAGCAGAAGAAGGAUGGUGUGUGGAUCAACAAGGAGGCUUAUCUGCUUCACGAUAUCUCCGGGCAGGCCAUCAGAGGUGAAGUUAUGGCCAUCAUGGGGCCUAGUGGUGCCGGGAAGUCCACUUUUCUUGAUGCCUUGGCUGGCCGGAUUGCCCGUGGGAGUCUUGAAGGAACUGUCAGGAUUAAUGGCAAACCAGUCACAACAAGCUAUAUGAAGAUGAUAUCUUCAUAUGUGAUGCAAGAUGACCAGCUUUUCGCCAUGCUGACAGUCUUUGAGACCUUCAUGUUUGCUGCAGAAGUGAGGCUCCCACCAUCAAUUCCCCGAGAUGAGAAGAAGAAGAGAGUGAACGAGCUCCUCGAUCAACUAGGCCUAACGAGUUGUGCACAUACUUACAUCGGGGACGAAGGGAGGAGAGGUGUAUCGGGUGGAGAGCGACGAAGGGUGUCCAUAGGAAUUGACAUUAUCCACAAACCUUCACUUCUGUUUCUUGAUGAGCCAACUUCAGGCCUUGACUCCACCAGUGCUUACAGUGUUGUUGAAAAGGUUAAAGACAUUGCUAAGAGUGGCAGUAUAGUCCUGAUGACCAUUCACCAACCCUCUUUCAGAAUCCAGGUUCUCCUUGAUCAGAUCACGGUUCUUGCUAGGGGAAGGCUGGUAUAUUCCGGGAGUCCAAAUGAUUUAAGCGGUUUCCUGAGUGGGUUUGGAAGGCCAGUUCCAGAUGGGGAAAACGGAUUGGAAUAUCUCCUAGAUGUGAUCAAAGAGUACGAUGAAUCAACCGUGGGGCUCGAUCCUCUUGUCCAGUAUCAAUUCGACGGCGUUAAACCCAAUCAAUUCUCCAUGAACACCGUCCCCAAAACACCCAAAACCAUCAAAACCCCCCGCAAUCACCCCAAGUCCCCCUGGAUCAAACCCAUGAGCUUCAUAAGCAGCCAAUUCUCCAUCGGAAACUCCGCAGCAGAUUACGGCCACGAAGAAGACGACGACGACGAUGAUUUCACCAACUCCCUGGAACGCAAAACCGCCCACACCCCAAUGCAGAGCGGCGUGUACAACCCGCGCUUAGCUUCCCAUUUCUACAAAGACUUCUCCGUUUGGGUCUACAAUGGCGUCAAAGGCACCCCUCGUCGCCAACCCACAUGGACUCCGGCGAGAACCCCCGGAGUUUCCGGUUACAGAACCCCCGGAAUUUCCGGUGUCCGCCCCAAUUUCAGCCCUGAACCGCCGUCAUUCUCCUCCUAUGCGCCUUCUUCGUUUGAAAUUGAAGAAAUCCUGGAUGAGCCUGAAAACAGGGAGAAAUUCGCCAAUCCAUGGAUCCGAGAAGUUGCGGUUUUAUGCUGGAGAACAACCCUAAAUGUGAUUAGAACCCCGGAACUUUUCCUCUCCAGGGAAAUAGUGUUAACAGUAAUGGCCCUAGUUCUCUCCUCUUUGUUCAAAAACCUCCACCAUUUCAAUUUCCUCACCAUAAACCGCCUCCUAAACUUCUACAUCUUCACCAUCUGCCUCGUCUUCUUCUCCUCAAACGACGCCGUUCCGACUUUCAUCCAAGAGCGCUUCAUCUUCAUCCGCGAAACCUCCCACAACUCCUACCGAGCCUCCUCUUACGUCAUCUCCUCUCUCCUCGUCUACCUCCCCUUCUUCGCCAUCCAAGGGUUCACAUUCGCCGUCAUCACCAAAUUCAUCCUCCACCUCAACAGCAGCCUCGUCAAUUUCUGGCUAAUCCUCUACGCUUCGCUCAUCACCACCAACGCCUACGUCAUGCUCGUCAGCUCCAUGGUCCCCAGCUACAUCACCGGCUACGCGAUCGUCAUAGCCACCACCGCGCUCUUCUUCCUCACCUGCGGGUUUUUCCUGAAGAGGACGCAGAUCCCUUCCGUCUGGAUCUGGCUCCAUUACAUCUCUGCGAUUAAGUACCCGUUUGAGGCGCUGUUGAUCAACGAAUUUAGGGUUUCUAAGAGGUGUUACACUGGCGAAAUCUCGGAGCUCUCGCCUGGGCCUUUGGGGGAUGUGAAGAGAAGUUCUACGGCGUGUGGGGCGGGGUUGGAGGGGAGAGAUGUUCUUAACUCCAUGGAUAUCCAUGGAGGUAGUAUCUGGAUUGAUAUUGCUAUCUUGCUGGCCUGGGGAGUUCUUUAUCGUUUCCUGUUCUAUUUUGUUCUCAGAUUCUACUCCAAGAAUGAGAGGAAAUGA